CAUUUCUGGCGCGGGCCAAGCGCGGGCCGGAAACUGAAAGAGUGGGGGCAGGUUUAACGAUGGACCAGCGCGUGAAAAAGCGUGUGCUGCAUGCCGGCCGGGGCUCCCUGCCACCAUUCGCCGACGGAGACCGGGUCAAGUUUCAUUUCCGAUCGGAGACGACAGAUGAGGAGCCGGUCUUACUCGACGAUUCGCGCAAAUACAAGCCCAUGGAGCUGAUACUGGGGAAGCAGUUCAAACUCGAGGUGCUCGAGGCGUGCGUGAAGACGAUGCUGCUGGGGGAGGUAGCGGAGUUCACCAUCGACAAGGCGCUGCUGCACGCCUACCCGAUCGUGGCCAAGACGCUGCGCGCCGCGUGGGACCCGGCGCACAAGCCGCCGCCGACUGCCUCCGGCUGCUGCGGGAUGAUGAUGGCCGCCCAGCAGCCGCAGAUCGGCUACCCGGACCUGGACGGCCUGCUCCAGCGGCCACAGAACCUGCGCAUCGUCAUCGAGCUGCUCUCUGCAGAGGCCAAGAGCGACUACGAGCGCGAGUCGUGGGCGCUCAACGAGCAGGAAAAGCUCGCCUCAGUUACCGAGCUGCGCGAGCGCGGCAACGCCCUAUACCGAGAUGGCAAGCACGAGGCGGCCGCUGAGAAGUACGCCGACGCGCUGGGACGGCUCGAAUCGCUGAUGUUACGAGAGAAGCCGCAGGACGUGGAGUGGAACAAACUCAACGAGCUGAAGUUGCCGCUGCUCCUCAACUUCGCCCAGUGCAAGCUGCUGGAGGAUGACUACUACGCAGCGAUCGAGCACUGCUCCACGGUGUUGGAGGCGCGGCCGGACGACGUAAAGGCGCUGUUCCGGCGGGGCCGUGCGCGUGCACGGGUCUGGGAGACUGAGGCAGCACGUGCCGACCUGAACCGGGCGGCAGAGCUCGAUCCGUGCGUGGCGGCAGCGGUGCGCCGCGAACUGGCCGCACUGGCAGCCAGAGAGAAGGAGAAACUCGCUGAGGAGAAAGAACAGCUCCGAGGGAAGAUCUUCACAUGAAAGGCCUUGAGCUUCCGUUUUGUGUGUAUGUUAUGUGUCGGUAUGUGUCAAAUGUCAAUGCGGUUGCGUGUGUUGAAAUAGGUCUAUGUUUAUCCCUCGCCGGA